ACUAAUAUUUCAAAUGAUCCACCUUCCCUUACCCUUUCCUCUCUUUUCCCCUUAUUUCCCCUCUUCCCUCCCUCCAUUUGCACAAAGCAUCUCUUACAGCCAAAGGUCUUUUCCUUUUGUCCUCUCUAAAACCCCCCUUAUUUCUACUUCCAAAGAAAGAUUAUAUUCUUUCUCUGUUCCGCUGCUUUCCUCUGUUUUGGUUCUGUCUCUUUCGAAUUACAGCCAGCAAGGACUCUGCUGCAAAUGGCGGUGGCAGAGUUAUCAACUUCCUACACCAAAACCGCAACCCGUUAUCACUCCUCACAGCUCUCACUCUCCUCUGCAUCUUCACGUUUCUCUCAUCAUUUUCGCCGUUCGUUUCGACCCACACCCAGAACCCGGAAUGCUACAAUCUCAUGCUCUGUUACAUCAGAUCAAGUUCAAGCCCAGAUCCCUGUAGAAGCUGAGAGUCCCAAGGGGAAGACUUGCUAUGGUGUCUUCUGCGUCACUUAUGAUCUCAAAGCUGAAGAGGAGACAAAAUCCUGGGAGAAAUUAGUAAAUAUAGCUGUCUCUGGCGCUGCUGGGAUGAUCUCCAACCAUCUUCUUUUCAAACUUGCAUCUGGUGAGGUAUUUGGACCAAAUCAGCCAAUUGCUCUGAAACUAUUGGGAUCUGAAAGGUCAAUACAGGCUCUUGAAGGAGUGGCAAUGGAACUUGAAGAUUCCUUGUUUCCUCUAUUGAGGGAGGUUAGUAUUGGAAUAAAUCCAUAUGAGGUGUUCCAAGAUGCUGAAUGGGCUCUUCUGAUUGGAGCAAAGCCACGAGGGCCUGGAAUGGAACGAGCUGACUUGUUAGACAUCAAUGGGCAGAUCUAUGCUGAGCAGGGAAAAGCUCUCAAUGCUGUUGCAUCUCAUAAUGUCAAGGUGAUAGUAGUGGGCAACCCCUGCAACACCAAUGCCUUAAUUUGUAUGAAAAAUGCUCCAAAUAUACCUGCAAAGAAUUUUCAUGCUUUGACUAGGUUGGACGAAAAUAGAGCAAAAUGCCAGCUUGCCCUAAAAGCUGGUGUCUUCUAUGAUCAAGUGUCAAAUAUGACAAUUUGGGGAAAUCACUCAACCACUCAGGUUCCAGACUUCCUAAAUGCUAGAAUCAGUGGCUUACCUGUCCAAGAGGUCAUCAAGGAUCACAAAUGGUUAGAAGAGGAGUUCACUGAAAUGGUCCAAAAGAGAGGUGGUGUGUUAAUUCAGAAAUGGGGAAGAUCUUCAGCUGCAUCUACUGCUGUGUCAAUAGUUGAUGCCAUCAAGUCUUUAAUAACUCCAACACCUGAGGGUGAUUGGUUUUCUUCUGGAGUUUAUACCAAUGGAAAUCCAUACGGUAUAGUGGAGAAUAUCGUUUUCAGCAUGCCAUGCAGAUCAAAAGGAGAUGGUGAUUAUGAACUUGUCAAGGAUGUGAUCUUUGAUGACUAUCUACUAAACCGAAUUAAAAAGACAGAAGCGGAGUUGCUAGCUGAGAAGAGAUGUGUGGCCCAUCUUACAGGGGAGGGUAUUGCUUACUGUGAUCUACCUGAGGAUACAAUGCUUCCUGGAGAAAUGUAAAUCAGGUGGAGCCUUUUCUUCCAAUUAUUUGUCCAUUUACCACAAUCAGCUGUUGGGCCAAAAAAUGAAAAGGAAGAAGAAAAUGAAAUCACAUGUAUACUACAUUGUUCAUUGUAUGAGUAGCAUAGCAGGUAGUAAUCUAGUAAUACCAAAAAACAUGUCAAUGUUUACCCACUUGGUAGAUUGUGAUUAAAAUAUAAAACACUAGUCUCCAGCAUGUGCCUUUGAUCUUAUAUCGUGAUUGCCAGUUAACUGGCUACAUUUGCCAUGAACCAUGGCCAUUGCACCAGAUAAGUCUGAAUCAUCUUGGUUACCGUUGAACAA